CAUUUCCCUCCCAUCCCCGCCCACCCGCCGCGCCGCUCUCUGAUCUGAGUGGCCUUUGGUGGGGGUCCGUCUUCGACUCCGGUGACCUCGAUCUGUGCCGCCGGCCCGCCGCUCUCCCAUCUCAAGUGGCCUUCAUCUUCUUCGGCACCAAACUCCACUUGUGCAGGUCGAUGCGUCAUCCACUAGUUGUGGCAUAGAGCGUGGAGGGUGGCAACACAGACAAAAAGCCUAAUCCUACUAGAAUUUAGUCGCAAGCACAAGGCUAGCUAGCCAGCCAACCUUUCACCGCGAAUAACUCCUCGUGACGUCACCUGGGACGGCCUGAUCACUGGGUCCUGUGUUGGACGGGGGAUCUUCCCCCCCACACUCUUUGCACACCCACUGCUUUCCUUUUCUGCCCCACGGCAGCACCCUGCGCGAUCGCAACUUGCCUUUCAUUUCUUGCCAUCCAAGUUCCAACUCUCGUCGAAACGGCGGCCACCCAAAAAACCCAACCCCCGUGGCGCAAAACCCAAGUAGAGGUAGCGUGGGACAAAUCUUGGGUUCCGGUGAUGGAGGAGGAAGGUGGUGCCAGUGACAACGAGGAGGUGGUGCAGCUAGAGGACGCACUGGAGCUGCUUGUGGAGCACCUCGUGGCGCCGGUGCUACCACGUGGCCAGGUCGAUCGGGAGGAGGCUCUGUCGCCUAAAACCCAGGAGGCUGUGGCACGUCAGGUCCACGCGACGGUUCUCCUGUACAACUACUACCACCGGAAGCAAUUUCCACAAGUCGAGUUUGCCAACCUCGAUCGGUUCAGCCGGUCCACUUUCCUCAAUGUCAGGAACAAAAAUCUACUCAUGUACAUGAACCAUGCGCAGAACCGCCUUGGCAACAAAGUGGGGGCUGGGCUCUCGGUUACUGACAAGGCAAUCAUCGAUGCUUGUGACAUUGCCGAGGCACUUGACCCUAUGAAGGACUCCCCCGAGAUGAUCUUGUGGCCAAUCUCCAAGGUCGCAGUUUUGCUUCUCAAUCCGACAAAGAAAGUGUGCUUGCUCGAGCGUGGAUCCAAAACCAAGGGAGUCUGGUCGAUAUUUGAGAAAGAUAUCAAGACGACAUUGUUUGAGAAUGAUAUCAAGACGUCAUUAGGUGGUUUGCUCAGCAGUGACAUGUCAAUGCAGGGGUCGACUAAUAAAUCUAUCUCACUUCCUUUUGAACCAUAUGUGCUUCAGCAGAUUGCAUAUUCAGAGGUGGAACUUAAAACAGGUAUGAAGCGUACAAAUUUGCGUUUUAUCGAAGAACAUAUAGUGUACUCACUAAGUAAGAAAGGGACAACUACCAUACUGUUCCUUCUACACUAUGAUCAGACUGUCGAUGACAAGCUUAAGGAAAUGCCUUUAGAUGUCCUGAUCCAAAGGAUGAGUGGUCCUAUAUUUGAAAGUGGCUUGUAUCCAACAACGACAUCUGUUGUUGAAUGCUAUCAUUUACUACCAUAUAAGGAGGUCUUGUUAAACGUCUUGAACAGGGACUGGCCUUUGAGUUCUUCACUGAGCGCGCCAAAGGAGCGAGUAUUUCAAAAUGGGAAAUCUUUAUCCCUCUUUGAAAUAGAUGAAUGUUUGAAGGAACAAGAAGCUAAUAGUAAUAGCAAUUCUAAAAGGAAAAAAAUAACCACAGAUGUUUCAACUCCAAAGAAAAAUAAGCAGGUAGUAAAAGCAAUUGGUGAUAGUGGCACCAACAACUACAGCACCAGUAAAAACAGAAAAGACAACAACUCGAACAACAAAAGAAAUUCUGAAGCCUUCAAGACUAAACUUGCUACCUACGCAGAACACGGGGAUGGUCAGAGCACCACAAAAGACUUACAAGCCAGUGUCCAAAUGGACAAGAACAGAACAGAGAAGAACUCUAAAACUAGAAAUGUGCCCCAAGAUGUCAUUCUGAAACCAGAUGUUGAUCCUAUAAUUAAUCACCAUGCCUUGAAAAGCCAAAAGGAGAAAGUCACUGAACAGUCUUGUGGCAUCAUAGGUAACAUGAAUGUUCAGAAGUAUGCUACACUGCAAUUACUUCAGAAGAUGCGAGAUGAUACACUCCGUGAGCAUUUUGUGCUUGGAGAUCGAAGUGCUGAGUAUGAAAUGGACAUUCAAACAAUCUUGACAGAAACAGAGAUGACACCUAAAAUAACGUCAAUCCUAAAGAAAUAUGAGAAUAGUGGGAAGAUGAUGGAAGUUGCCGAUCCAAUUAGAUCUAGAGAAGGACGACAAACCAUGAACAUAAAGAGGAAGAAACUGAAAGAAGCCAUACUUCUACGCAACAAAUGUCAGGAACUGGAUGACAUAUGCCGUGAGAGCAACUGGAUUCUUCCAAGAUACACAGUACUUCCUUCAGUUACCGGUGUUUGUACUCCUAUAUCGGCAGAUAUGUACCAGGCCAGUGUCCACCUUAUGGGUCCAGAUUUCAACUUGAGUGCAGAUGGUGAUAUGAAGGUCACACCUCAUGAGGCACGAGACUCAGCGGCAUGCAACAUGUUAUCUCAGCUUCAGCAGAAGGCAAGGGAAGACUAGGAGAGCAGCAUAUCUCCACACAACCCCUGAUGCUGCAUCCUUGUUGGGUAUCAACUUUUGAAUAAGGAAGCAAGCAUGUGACUGGAAAGAACAGCCAUCACCCUCGCGAGUUGUGACUGGUGUUUAGCACUGUUUUUAAAUUUUUGGAUACCAUUGUGUUGUUGCU